GCUCUCCACUCCUCUCUCUCUCUCUCUCUCUCUCUCCACUGCACUUGCAGUCUCACUCUCUCUACUGUUCAACUCACUAGCUAGAGUUUUAUCCUCUCUCUCCCCUGUAGAAACCCUAAAUCUCUCUCUCUGUCUGUCUCAUCCUCACUCUGCUCUCUCUCCAAAAAUGUCGGACUACUUCCCUCGCCCAGUUCUAAUCAACCUCCUCUCCAGACUCCCCGCCAAAACCCUCCUCCAAUUCAGAUGCGUAUGCAAAUCAUGGUGCUCUCUCAUCUCCACCCCUGAUUUCAUCACAACCCACCUCAAAUUCAACCUCAAUCCCACUUCUCCUUCCCAAACCCAUCACCGCCACGAACUCCUCCGCUACUUUUCUCUCAACCCACGAAGAGAACACUACUCUCUCCGUCUCGACGACGAACCAUUCACCGAGCUCAUCGACCUCCAUUGCCCUUUCAAGCCUCGCUCCAACAACUACUUCAGACUCGUCGGUAGCUUUCACGGCUUGAUUUGUCUCUCCGACGAUUGCUUUGGCUACACCUACACUAUUAUCCUCUGGAACCCUUCGAUUCGGAAGUAUGUGACCCUUCCAAAACCCAAGUUCUGUUUCGAUCACUAUGGUCCUUACAUGUUCGCUCUUGGGUUCGGUGUCGAUCCUCAGACUAAUGACCCUAAGGUUGUGAGGGUUGUGUAUUUGUCUGGGACUGGGAGAGAGAAUUACUUGGUUCCUCCUAAAGUUGAGGUUUAUGCUCUCAGUACUGGGAAAUGGAAGACUGUGAAUGCUUCCACUGUUAGGCAUAACAUGGUUGAGUUUUUCUGGUCUAAAGCUUUUGUCAAUGGAGCUGUGCAUUGGGUUGUGUAUAGUCAGAGCAAGAACAGUGUAUUCUGCAAUGUGGUGCUGUUGUUUGAUAUGGGUAGUGAGGUUUUUCGCGAGAUGAGGUUACCCAAGAAGUUGGUUUCUGAAUUUCCGCUGGACUUGUCUGUUGCGGUGUAUGGCGAUUCGAUUUCGGUGUUUCACUAUGACAAUCGUGGUCCUUGUACCAGUAGGGAUUGGGUUUAGGAACAAUGGUGAAUUACUCGUGGAAAUGUGGAACCAGAAGGUUGUAUCCUAUAAGCCUGCAAACAAAAGGAUUAAGACUCUUGAAAUUUGCGGUGGCACAGACUCGUUUCAUUUGGAUACUUACACUGAGAGCUUGGUUCUGCUUGAUGCAGCAAAUGGUGUCCUGAAGAAGCAACUGAGUGCUAGUGAUGGAGUUGAUUCUGAGGAUGGUCGUGCUCCAUCCAAGGAGGAGAAGGCAGCCAUAGAGGCUGAACUGGAGCAUUUUUUGGUAUUUGUGUUCAGUGUGGUUCUGAGUUUGUGCUUCAGUGUGGUUCUGAGCUUGCUAUGCUCAGUUUUUUUGCUGUCUCCUAAUUGAGAGUUGUGUGAUUCUGGUUUAUAUCUGGAGUGUGCAGAGCUAAGUUGGUC